AUGGUCGAAGAGGCAUUCUCUGAGGAGCAUUCGUACUUUGAUACUUUUAUACCUCCCGAGCCCGUGGGACACAGUAAAAGCUAUGAGAAAGGCGCUGCAAACUCAACAGACACCAAUAACUUAUACCAUAUGAUAAAAUGCCACGAAGACAGCCUUUUACGGCUUCACCAUUUUGCAGGAAGAAACAACUUCGAUCCAACAUACCAGAACACUUGGUACCAGAAAGACUUGCAAUACAUAAAGCCUGUGGAUUAUGUUGCUUAUGAGGAAAUGAGACGCAAGUAUGAUGAAAGCAAAAGUGUUAAAGAGACGGAGAAGUCUGAAGAAAAGUGCGAUGAGAGGAAGAAGCCGCGACGAAAUAGAACAACGUUCACGAGCCAACAGUUGGCUGCCCUUGAGAAGAUCUUUGAGAAGACUCAUUAUCCUGAUGCUUUUGUUCGAGAAGAUCUGGCUUCCAGGGUUAAUUUGACUGAGGCCCGAGUACAAGUGUGGUUCCAAAAUCGACGCGCAAAAUUCCGACGAAAUGAAAGAUCAGCUCUCUCCAGCCAUCGGAGUACUAGUCACAAUUCUCCAGAACCCUUGCCAGUUCCCAUCGGCAUUCCCCAAGCAGACAGACAGGAGGCUCGCAAGGAACCUUGGCUCCAUCAUUUUCAAUCGAACAACCUUAAUUUUAACCUGGCUCUUCCUAUUACAAACUAUCAAAGUGACUAUUCCCUGAUGAUGCAAGGGAAUCGUCAGUACGUCCCUAACAAUACUUUAAUGGGGCAAAGUAUGAAUAAUUACGGCGCUGCAGAAAAUUAUCCCUCAUGUGGUAUCAUUAGUGGCUACAGCGGGCCUUUGCAACCGCAUCACAAUUAUAAUUUAAAUUUACGCCUCCGUCCACACGAUUUUAGCAUUAAUAAUAUUACAUUAUGA